AUGACGCAACCCCCAAACAAAGACAACAAGAAUACAUCUUUGAAUUCUGGGCCGCCUUUCCCCAGAACUUCAGACGCCUUGAACUGUCGCUGCAAGAAUGAGACUUCCAGGCUAGACUUUUCCCAAGAGGAACAAUGGGAUUUCGGCGGCGAACUACCACAAAUGGCCUUGUGGGAGUGGAAGGAACCGGCAGCCGAUGCCGACAUGUCUUGGAAUUCUCUGUUAGAGGAUGCGCCGGGUCGAGCGGAAGCCAUGGGCCGAUCAAGUGAUCGCCCAAUUGUAAUCCGUCCAUUUGGUAAGAGUCGCGUGCUGUGAGUCGCGUGCUGUGAUCUUCGCGAUGCCGUUAGUGUGCUCU